AUGUCAAACAUACUAACAUGUAAAGCAUUAAAAAUAAUAUGCGGAGAAGACGUCCGUUACUUUGAGCUCGCAGAAGUAGUUUACUUGACUAGAAUGAAGAAACUUUACAUUUGCUUGGGGAAACAUUCAAUGUAUUUUCUUAAAAGAAACUUAAGGAAAACAAUUUCUGGUGGGAAACUAAGGUAUUCUCAAAUUGAGGGAAUAUAUGAAGAUACAAGUAAAGAUACACGUUUUUUAAUUCUUCUUGGAAAUGAAAAAGCUGAAAGAUGGGUAGAUGAUAAACUAGUUAUCAGUUGUUUAAACAGGUAUAUGUUUUGUAAUUAUUUGGAAAUGGCUUGGAAAGCCGACCAUGCAUACAGAACAGGAAAGUAUUAUGAUUUUCCUAGGUUUGGAAUGAACUUUACCGAAAUUAUAAAAGGAGUAAACAUAUCUAAGGGGAAAAACUCUGCCACCAAUAAAAUAAAAUCAAUAGCAGUUUGGGGAGUGAAUUCAAAAGAGAAGAGCAAUAAAGAACGAUACAAAACUGGCAAAUAUGCAGGGAUAUUGGAUGAAGAGACACUACUUGCAAUUCAAAAGCAAUUAACUUCAGUCGAAGAAAGUUACAUGAGUACAAUAUUUCCACUUGUUAAGGUAGAAGAGUUUCUAGACUAUAAAAAGUACAUCUUCGAUGGCUAUUUUUUUUUUGCAAAGCAAGGCUUUGAAAAUAAGGCAACCCAAUCAUAUAGUUCGCAGACAGGCUCCUAUGUAUCAUACAAUGGCGUUGAAAUUAAUAUUAAUGUACACCCACAGAUUUUUUUAAACCAAAAGAAGGCGAAUACCAAUAAUACACAAACUAGAGAAAGUAAAGGCGCAGAAACUAAGGGUUAUUCAAAUAUUGGUAGCAGCCUCUAUAAUGUUGCUCAAGAGUAUGUUAGGUUACUUUCCAAUAUGUCUACUGACAAAACUUACUCUGUAUAUCUCAAUAGGCAGUACAACAAAAAAAUGAAUCUCUCAGACGAUAUUUCAACCUGGUCUUCCUGGGAGAUUUUCAUUAAAACAACAAGAAUGAGUAUUGCAUGCAUAAUAAUGAGGAGAUGUUAUAUCCCUCCAACAAUAGACUCAUACCAGGAUAUUUCAGUGACUUACACUUGUUCAUACAAGGAUAUGAAAUAUUUUAACUUAAGUGAUAGAGAUUUAUUAAGGGAGUGCAGACUGUCAGCAGAUUCAAUUUCUCCGAUUUCUCAGCAUCAUACUUUAUACACAGAGUUUAUUCAGUCGCAAUUGGAUACUUUGCUCUUUGAUGAAUUUUCAUACAGUUGGAUUUCUACGAAUAUAAAGUUGCACCCAGUAUUUAAAAUAGGAGCAAGAUCUUUUCUAAAGUCAAUACUAAAAUUGUUGGAUAAAGCUAAUAUUCUAGCAGACAGUGAUUUAAUAGAAGAAAUUGAUUUACUGGAAAAAAGUGGAUCAAGCAGAUACGACACUGAGAAUGAAACAAAAGUUGAAGUAUUUGAUGAUCCUAUGGCAUGUAUUCAUGAAAUGCUUUCUCAAAUAUCUGGAAUAGAUAAAUUCUCUAAAAGUACUAUAGAAAGACAAAAGCUGCAUUUUUUUGAACUUAGACUUGCUAGAUAUCUUUCCUAUUGCAUUGAUGGAGGCUUGCUUGGAGCAAAAUUUAUUAUUGAGGACCUUGUAUCAUCCGUUGGAAUGGCAAACAGGAACAUUGAUAAUAAAUUAAGACAAGUUUUGGAUUAUUUGUUACAUGUUCGAUCAAAGGACAUGUCUGUGGAUUAUUGCCAAUUAAAGCUCGUGAAUCUUCUUCAGGAUCCGAGAUUCGUAAGGGAUUAUUGUUUUGUACCAUCUGUAAUGGCGAGAUUUGUAAAUAGUGGAUAUUGUGCAAGACUUAUCCAAGCUGGAAAAGAAACAUUGUAUAUAGAAUUUUUAAUGAAUCUUUUAACACUACCCUUAAAGAAUAACUUUGGCCAAAGAUCACAAUUAAGAAUAUCCAUUCUUCAGCAAGUGCUACACGCAACAGGAGACUCUAAAAAAAGAGAUUACUAUAUUCAGAUGAUUCCUCUACUUGUUGAAAUUUUUUCUGGUAAUGAUAUAGACGAUGACAAUACUGGGCCAAAAUAUGCUGGGGCAGCUUUACUUAACCUUUGCUUCUCAAAUGAUGUAUUAAAGAGCGAGCUUGUAAAAGCAGGGGUAUCUGCUGCAAUAAUCAAGAAGCUUCGUAAAAGAGAUGACCUUCAACUGACCAAAAUAUGUCUUUCUCUUGUGGUAAAUAUUUCUAAAGACCCUUCACAUCGCCAGGCCCUAAUAGCAGAGGGAAUACUACCCAUUAUUGCUGAUAUUCUCCACGAAAUUCUCGAAGAUUUCAGACCCUCCAACCAAGAUUCAAUUUCACAAAAAAAUAUAAGCCAAGGACAAUACAACAUUCAUUCAAUGCAAAACAGUGACUGGGAUAUACUUCCUAUUAUUUUAGGAGCAAUUGGUCAAUUAAGUAAUGAAAAUGACGUAAGGAAUAUUUUUAUUUCUAAUUGGUGCGUGCUUGAUUAUAUUCUAUAUCUCUUCCAUAACCUUGAGGUAUAUGUAGGGAGUAAUAACGAUAUAAUCUGUAAAAUAAUUUUUUGUAUCAAACAACUUUGUAAUUCAAAUUGGAUUGUACAACUUCGUGUUGGAAAACAUUGUAUCCCAACUCUUAUUGAAAUAAUUUCGACACCAAUUAAUAAAAAAGAAAGGAAAGAGGCUUCAAAUAUGAAAUUCGUUCAGUACUACUCUUAUUGGGUUCCAUUUCAUACUAUAUCAAAUAGCAAGGAUUCUUCUAUUUUUCUCAGUGGAAUAAAUGGAGACGUAAUUUUUCAUUCACUGUUAUUAUUGGAGACUCUUUCUUAUUAUCAUCCAAAUUGUCUUGAAAUGAUUGCAUGCGGUAUUGAAAAUGCACUUGAUUUGUGCCUUGAAUCUUAUUGCAUAGAUACUAUAGUAAUAAAACUAAACUAUUUAAAAGACGUGAUCAAGAAGGUAUCUCUCAGAAUCUAA